AUGCCGGACUCUGUCCCGAAGAGCACCGAUGAUUGGUGGUGCGAUCCUAGCACAGAGUAUGCCUUCCUUGGAUUCAGCUACGAGGUUACAGCCUGCCAGAAGCCAAGCCAGCUUAAGAAAGAGUUCGCCGACAUUCGUAAGAACUUCGACGGACGAUACAUUCGCCUCUACGGAGCCUGCGACAACGAUGGAUUCUACGAUGAUAUCGUAGAUGCUGCCUGGGAGAAUGGACUGGGCGUCCAUGCUCUCGUCUGGUUCGGCUUCGACGGGGAUAGCAAAUGGAAGACGCGCCGCGACAAGCUGUUCGCCUCGCUUCACUCGAACCCCAAGGCGAAAUUCGUCACUCGUGGCGUGCAGUUCGGCUCCGAGCCGCUCUAUGACGACGUCCUCCCACACGCGCAGCUCGCGGACCAGGUCAAGGACGCGAAGGCGAACCUCUCCAGCCUGAACAUCCCCGUAACCGUCAGCGAGCUAGCGUACGGCUACCAGGAGCGUGGUGGAGCCCAGGACGUACUGGAUACCAUCGACUUCAUCAACAUCCACGUGUUGCCGUUCUUCGACCAGAAGGCGUCGACCUCGAAUAAGUCAUGGCCGCUCGUGGAGAAAACCCUCAACUUCUUCACCAAAAACGGAGGCGGAAAGAAGAUGUACCUUGAUGAGAACGGCUGGCCUUCCAAGACAUCAGAGGGUGUAAAGCCGAACAGCCCUGAUGCAGUGGCGAACGUUCAGAACGAGAAGGACUACUUCAACCUGCUGGACUCGAAGUGCUCGUACUUCAAGACCGCGACGGGCGGGGGCAUCGGGUGGUUCGCGCACAUCUACUCGGACGACCAAGAGCCUGGGUACGGGAUCUACGGCAGCAACGGGAAGACCAAAUUCUCGUUCAAGCCCCGGACGGGCUGCUGA